GCACCGUUCAUCCGACGCUUUGGGAGAAGAUCUCGCGGCGCGCUGCGCGACUUACUUUGUGCCUCUCGCACCUCGCACUUCGCACCUCGCACCGCCAGACGUCGUCCUCGCUGGGAGCCAACCCUCGGCAUGGCGAUGCGAUUGCGAAAACAGCAAGCGUCGGUGCGGCUGCGUCGAUGCGUCGCGAGCAUGAUCCGAAGGUCUUCCCCACCUUGUCUCCCCACCUUGUCUCCCCACCUUGUCUCGACAUUUCAUCCUCUUAGCAAUACCCUCACGCCAUCAUGUCGAGCGCUGAGAAGGCCAGCGCUGGUGGCAGCGCUACCAGCAUCGACCACGCCCAUGACCACGACCACGAGGGAGGACGCGUUGCCGGACCCCUGACACAGGCCAAGCGCGGCGACUUGGGCGACGAUGCGUACGUGUCGGACGAGGCCUAUGAGCGAGCGGUCCAGGGCAAGGAGGCCAUGCACCAGCUGGGUUGGGUCAAGAUGGCUACUCUCCUCUGCGUCGAGGCCAUCGCCUUGGGAUCACUCAGUCUGCCGGGCGCCUUUGCUACGCUGGGCAUGGUUGGCGGUGUGCUCCUCACCGUAGGCACAGGCGUUCUCGCAACGUACACCGGCUGGAUCUGCGGUCAAGUCUACCUCUUCUACCCUGGCUUGAAGUCAUUUCCCGAUGCCGGUCGACAGCUCUUCUCUCCCCUCGGCCCCCGCUGGGCUCGAUUCGGCUACGAGCUAGUCUCCGUUCUCUUCGUCGCUCAGCUCACACUCAACUACGCCAGCCACGCCCUCACGGGCUCCAUCAUGUGGCAGCACAUCACCGACCGCGACGACAUCUGCUCCAUCAUCUGGGUCCUCGUCUCCGCGGUAAUGUUGACGCUACUCGCAUCGCCGCCUACGUUCGAGAAGUUCUCCUUCUUGGGCUACGUCGACUUCGUGUCUAUCAUCAUCGCCAUCCUGAUCGUGAUGAUCGCGACUGGCGUAUCGGGCCCUACCCCAGCCUCGGACUGGUCCGCGUGGCCGCAGCCGGGCACCACCUUCGUACAAGGAUUCGCGGCCGUCACGAACGUCCUCUUCGCCUAUGCGUUCGUCAUCGUCCAAUUCUCGCUGCAGACGGAGAUGAAGAACCCAAAGGACGUGACCAAGUCGGUCAUCGUAGUCGGGGGUGUUCAAAUUCUCGUAUACACUCUGACGGGCGCACUCAUCUACGCCUUCGUUGGGCAGAGCGUCGAGUCGCCAGCCAUUCUCAGCGCUGGAUCCAAGACGAUCGUACGAGUGGCCUUCGGCAUCGCCAUGCCCGUGAUCUUCAUCUCAGGGAGCAUCAACGCGAACGCCGUAGCGCGCUACGUUCACCACCGGAUCUAUUCUCACUCGCGCCAUCAGUACAUCAACACGGGACCCGGAUGGCUCCUCUGGAUCGCCAUUCUGGCAGUGCUGGGGGUCGUAGCCUUCGUGGUCGCGGAGGCCAUUCCGUUUUUCUCUGACCUUCUAGGCAUAAUUUCAAGCCUCCUGAUAAGUGCCUUCACCCUAUGGCUCCCGAGUGUACGCGGAUUGCGAUUUACGUUGAUGCUCGAAGCAAAGCUGACCUUCUCUUCUCCCCUCGUGCGCGUGCAGGUCUUGUGGUACUUUAUGCUGCGGCAGGGCGCGCCCUUGAGCAGGCAGAACCUUAUCCACACGCUACUGUGCCUGGUCUGCUUCAUCUACGGAGUGACAGUCCUCGGUGUCGGAACCUACGCAAAUGUGGACUCGAUUGUGCAGAAGUACACCGUAGGCAAAGUUCGCUCCGCGUUCUCCUGCGCGCCGCUUUAGGCGAGCUUGGGCAACGAGCGGAUCUGCAACUGCUGCAUAGGCCUGUCAGCCGAGUUGACUCUCUCAAUCAAAUCACUUCUCCAGACCGUGC